UAUUGGCAGGAAAACAAAGAGAUUGUGGCCCCGUUAAGAUUUCGGUCGUUGGCGGUGGUCAGAGAGGUUCAAAAGUUUGGCGGCGUGAACGUAUCGAAAUGUCACAUGACCCAGAUUUAGAUGAUUGCGCUUUUUUGUCAGGUGCUGAAUCAAGUGGUGGUCGUCAGACACGUACUGGAGUUGCAGUGUGCUCUCAAAAACGGGCAUUAAUUGUUGCCGGAGUAGUGCUUGGCUCUCUUUUGUUAACAGCGCUUAUAAUUGCUUAUGCUGGACCCCAGAAUGAAAAUGUCACUCUACCAUUCAAUCCCAUUGCAACGAACGGAGAGCCUUUUCCAUGGCUGGAAAUGUCACUGCCAACAUAUGCACGGCCCAUGCGUUACAUGGUAACGAUACAUCCAAAUUUAACAACAUUGGACGUAAAAGGUCAAGUAACAAUUGAACUUUUUAUCGAGAAGGAAACAAGUUUUAUAGUUCUACAUAUACAAGAUCUAAAUGUCACGGAAAAGGCUAUAGUCACAAGUGGUAAUAAAGGAUAUGCCAUAAAAAUAAUAAAAGUGCUUGAAUAUCCUCCAAGACAGCAACUAUAUAUUGAGGUCAAGGAAAAAUUGAAGAAAAAAUCGAAUUACACUUUAAAUCUUCGUUGGUAUUCUAAAUUAAAUCCAGAGCCAGAUGGAUUCUAUGUUGAUCAGUACGAAAACCAAAAUGGUUUAGAGAGAUUACUUGCUGCCACUGUUUUUCGUUCAAAUGGCGCUCGAAAAGCGUUUCCAUGUUUUGAUGAACCACAUAUAAGAGCACCUUUUCGUAUCUCAGUAUUUCGAGAUCGCUUCCAUAUUGGUCUUUCCAAUUCAAUUGUUCAUACAACUGAAGAUGUUGGUUUUUAUAUGGGUACAGGCUUGCUUCGUGAUGAUUUUAUUGAGACUCCGCCAUUACCAGCCGAUGCAGUAGCUUGGGUAGUUAGCGAUUUUCAGCGAAAAUCACUUCAGCCAUCUCAAGCGUAUCUACCAACAACACCUGCUCCACCUGUAAAUACUGCAAAAUCGGGUAAAUUAAAUAAUUAUACUCAACAAAGGGAAAAGAAACCACCUGUUCGCAAUAUAACUGCAUUAACGCAUUCGUUAAAUAUGAAUAUGUUAAUUAAAAAUGUUACUACCACAGCUAUUAUACCAACUGAGAACCCCAACUCUAAAAAUUUAACGUCAAUGAGUCAAAGUGCGGGUUCGCUAAUAAAGCGUGCACCAUCUUACACGUUUUAUGCUCCCUUAGAACUUCUCACUCGAUGUUCAUUUAUAUUGAAUACAUCACGAGAUGUAUUAGAAUACCUUCAGACUUGGUUAGAUAUUAGUUAUCCAUUAACCAAAGUCGAUUUUGUGGCUCUACCAUCACUGGAUCGUUAUAUUAUAUCCUCUUUAGGCUUAGUUACGCUUAAAACUUCUUUUCUUAAUGAACCAGAAUCAAUUACUUCUGAACAAUAUCACAAUAGUGCAUUGCGGAUUGCGGAGGCUAUGGUUCGACAGUUUUUUGGUGGUAUUACAUCAAGAAAAGUGCUGAAAGAUGUGUGGUUAUGGGAAGGGCUCAUCAAAUAUCUGGGAAUGCACACAUUGAUGCCACUUCAACCUAAUUUGCCACUUAAGGAUUUUUAUUUACUGGAUAUGGCAACUGCAGCAUUGGACAUUGAUGCUAUACAGGGUUGGGAUAGCAUAAUGAAUGGAACCAACCAUGAUGGCAAUAAUGAGGAAUUUUUUUUACAAAAAACUGCUGCUAUUUUUUCUAUGCUUCACACAUCAAUUGGAGAGGACCGUUUUCGUGGAUGCCUAGGUGCUUUUUUAAAAAUAAAUCGUUUUAAAACUGCAGAACCUACCGAUCUGUGGACAAUAUGUACCAAGAAAGCAAACGGAUCUAAAAAUAUAAAAGAAAUGAUGACUCUAUGGACGCAUCAGCCUGGUUUUCCACUUCUUAUUGUUACAAAAGUCGGCAACAGCGUAUCUAUUUCGCAGAAGCCCUUUAAACCAGCCGAGUUUUUAGCCAUACAUGACGAAACUUAUGACGGCAAUAAUUACAAAAAAGGCACAGUAGUCACAGAUAUUUCAAGUACAGUUGCCACUCCAACAACAACACCAACAGGCAAACCAAAGACACAUAUGAAAUGGAUUUUCCCAGUUACUUACAUUACUGAUCUCAAUAAUGUUAGCGAAACACUUUGGAUGCAAAAUAUAGAUGUAACUUUUAAUGUUCCUGAGAAUGUGAGGUGGAUUAAGGUAAACGCGAUGCAAAGUGGUUAUUAUCGUGUAUUAUACAAUGACGAUAAUUGGGCUAAGCUUGUUGAAGAUUUAUCUAAAAAUCCUGAAAAAUUUACAAGUCAGGAUCGUAUUGGUUUACUAUCGGAUGCCUUUACUUUAUGCCAUGCAAAUUUACUGCCUUGUGAAGUCACAAUGGGCAUGAUACAAUAUUUGCCAAGUGAAACCAACUGGGGCCCAAUGGCAUUAGCAAUGCGACAUCUCGAAAAAUGGAGGCGUAUCUUAAAGUAUUCAGAAUGUUUUUUGAUGUUGUCUGAAUUUAUUAAGAUGAAACUAUCAACUGUUAUUCAAAAAAUUGGCUGGGGUGAUGACGGAAGCGAAGCAAUAAGAUUGAUGCGACCAGAAGUUCUUUUAGCUUCUGUGCUUUGGGAGGAUAUCGACAGUAUUACAAAAUCAAAAAAUAUGCUAAAUCAAUUUUUAUAUUAUAAUGGGUCUGCAAUAUCACCAAAUUUGAGAGAAGUGGUCUACACUGGAGCGAUACUUUCAGGCGAAUAUAUAUAUUGGCAACACUGUUGGGAAAGAUUUGUAACGUUACAAAGAACAUCGGAAAGUUUUGUUGAACGCAUGCAAUUGCUGCGAGCACUAGGUAGAACAAAAGAUGCCUGGCUACAGAACCGAUUGCUAUCACGUGUAACAAUGCUACCAACAGUAGAAGUCGUGCAAGUUCUUCAAGCUAUAGCAGGAACGCCAACAGGAGGUGCAAUGGCAUGUCGGUUUUUGCAAGCAAAAUGGUUUGAGUUGGAAUCUAGAUUAGGGCAAGGUACCACUGGAUUUGCAAAAGUUAUAUCAGCAAUAACCCAGUAUGGAGCAACUAAAUUUGAUUAUGAUGAGCUUAAGUCGCUAGUUCAUCGAUUUGGUCGCGGUUCUGGAAUGGGCAUCUUAAAUAUGACCUUAAGCAGUGUGGCGGCUAAUGUUGAGUGGGUGGCGAGAUCACAGACUUCGUUAUACAAAUGGAUAGAGAGUAAUCUUCAUAUACACUGAUCAGUGAUUAAUUAGAACCUUAGUUAUAUUAAAUUUUUAUUU